AUGUGUGAUAAAGAAAAAUGGGUUCAGACAUUCGACACUUGUUUGUAUGAAACCAUGUCUGAAGAAAAGACUUCUCAGAUGGCUUCCUCACCGGAGUGUAUAACCUGGAUGAUUGUGGGCCUGACCGAGUCUGUCACCAUAGUAGUGCUGAAUUCGUUGACAGGGAUUGCAUUUUGUAGAGACCGUAAUCUUCGUAAACGAUCCACAUACUUGGUGAUAAGCUUGGCAGUUGCAGACAUGUUAUCCGGGGGAAUUUCUGCACACGAUCUUCUCUAUAAUGUUGGAGAGAUGUGUAACUUCUGGGGACACAAUAGAGCGUAUUUGUAUAUACCUCAGGUGUUCAUCCUCUGGUUUCCUGUUUGUUCUUUAACAAUUAUGACUGUUAUUUCUCUAGAACGCCUGAAUGCAACGUUUUGGCCCUUCAGACAUCGUACGAUCAAAAAGUCAGUCUACUGGGUUCUUAUCAUCGCCAUCUGGUUAACAGCACUACUCUUUUCAUGUGCAUUACUAAUGAUUUAUUACUAUACAGAUAAACUGGACUAUUAUUACUACGCUUGGGGUUCAUUCAUCUUAAUUUGUCUUUUGGUCAUUUGUGUUUCUUACGUUUUUAUAUUUGUCAAACUUCGCUUUGGAAAUCAGCCUCGUCACCAUGGCGCAGCAAAUAGGGAAAGGAAACUAACCGUGACGUUGUUCACCGUGACAGUUAUGUUACAAAGAAGCCCUAAAGACGCGUUAAAGAUUCCGUCUUCUGCUUGUAGGAGUUGA